AUGGCUUCUUCCCUUUCUACUACUAAUGCAACAACAACAACAACUAAUCAAUCUUCACCUCGUCCAGCUUCAUCUUCACCUCUUCAAGAUGAUAGUCAAACACCUCACCUUUUAACUCUAAAAGUCAUGCGAUUAACUCGACCUUUAUUAUCUACUCAUUCUCCUGUUUAUUAUGAAAAACAAACUGAUAACUUAUCAUCUUUAGUGGAAGGAUUAGAAGCUAUCAAUAUAUCAGAUUUAUCAGCAAAUCAUCCUAUACAAGAAGAUGGUAGUAUCAUCAACAUUCGUGACUUUGGUCUUAGUCAAAUGUUAAAACUACCUGCUGCAUUUGGGAAUAUCUACCUUGGUGAAAGUUUUAGUACACUUAUCAGUUUCAACAAUGAUACAUUGACAGAAACAGUUUAUCAAGUUGGUGCCAAAAUAGAACUUCAAACAGCCUCUCAACGAUUUAGCCUUUAUGAUACUCUUAACAAUACUCAAGCAACAAUGGAUCCUGGAACAAAUCAUCAGGUCACUGUUUCUCAUGAAAUCAAGGAAUUGGGUGUUCAUAUUCUAGUAUGUUCAGUACAUUAUGUUAACCCUGAUGAUGGUCGUGUCUUUAUGGAAGCUCAAGUACAGAAUGUCUCGGCUGGUCCUAUGUUUUUAGAACGAAUGAAAUUUGAACCUUCUGAAUACUUUGAUUAUGAAAAUUUGAAUCAAAUACAACAACAGCAAGAACAACAGCAACAAUUAUUAGAUUCAGCAAUUGAUCCAUCUUCUUCAGUAUUUGGUGACUCUUUUAUUCACCCACAAGAUGUAAGACAAUAUCUCUAUCUAUUGACACCAAAACCAUCUCAAAAGGAUCGAAUAGCAAGAACAACAAAUGCAUUAGGAAAAUUGGAUAUUGUGUGGAGAUCAGCAAUGGGGGAUAUGGGACGACUUCAAACUUCACAAUUAACAAGGAAGGCUCCAGCUUUAGAGGAUAUUGAAGUACAACCUAUUGAUGCAACUGUGUAUAUCAAAGAUGGAAAGACAACAACAACUGAUAGAGUCAUUUUAGAAAAACCUUUCCAACUCAAGAUCAAGGUACGAAAUCAUUCAACACAACAUAUGAAUUUGGUAUUAUCAGCCAACAAAACCAAGAUGGGUUCGGUGUUACUUAGUGGACUUGGUAGUAGAGAGCUAGGUGAUCUGGCUCCAAAUCAGUCAACCGAAACACAACUGGAAUUCUUCCCAUUGACUCCUGGAUUACAACGCGUUGGUGGAUUGAAGGUGGUGGAUACAACAACUGGCUAUACCAAGGAUGUGGAUCAUCUCUGUGAUGUAUUUGUAUUAUCCAAUACUAAUGAAAUCAUAUUCACAACAGAAACAUCAAUCUUUCCACCACCAACAACAUGGGAUCAAAAACUAGAGGCUGCUGAAAGUGCAGCACAAACAUCAACUGUUCAAGCUGUGGAUCAACUUGUAGACUUGGAUAAAUUGAUGUAUUAUGCCAAAUCAUUAAAAAAUGGAAAGAUGCCUACCAAUCUUCAACUAAAAUCAUUGUUAAAAAGAAUACGUACAAAUCCUGAAAUCGAACGUCGCUCACAAUCUAUGUCUCAAGAUGGUCAAAAUCUAUUAGAUGAUUUUCGUGAACUGGUCACUAUUCUUGAAGAUUGUUUGGAUGAGAAGAAUGGUAGCGAAUUGACACAAUCUCUUAUUUAUCAUCUGCGAAAUGUGGAUCUGAAACCGAUGCUUACCCAUCUUCUUUUUUCUAUCAUAGGGUUUAAACAUCUUCAAUUGAUUGCCAAACUCAUUUUUAUCAAUGAUGAAUUUCAAGGUGUGAUGAAUGAAAUACUGGAUGUAACCAAGGACAUCAUCCAAUCAAACAUUAAAGAGAAAACAGAACAAUGGCAAGUUGAACCUGAAGAACAACUUGGUUUAAAAGAAGAAGCUAAACAAAAGACGAAACAAGUUCAACCAAAAGAACGGGACACGGUAAAGGAUGAUCUUCAAAGUAGAUUUAAUCAACAAGACUUGAUUCGUCGUCUCAAACACGUUAUGUUACAAGUUCAAAAGAAUUCGGAAUAUCAACAAGCACUAGAUUUAUUGGAAGAUUCUUUUUCUAAAUGGUUUGGUCAAGCUGGGAAAAUGGCAAAUCAAAUGGGUACAGUGGCUACUGAUACUGUUCAACAAUUGAAAUCAGAUCGUAAUUUUUCUCAAGCAUCUUUGGAGGCAAAAACCAUUGCAGAAGAUUGGGCGCAAGGUCAAAGUUUGGAUCCACUCAUUGACACCAUCAACAAGAUUUUUUCGGACGUCAAAAACGAUCCUCGUCUUAAUGAUUAUUCUUGGGAUUAUAUAAAACGACUGGUACGAGAACCUGGUUAUGUACAAGAUGAACAAUCUACCAAGGAUGGUCAACAACUUUUGGAACGUGGACGCUCUGAGCAAUUUGAUAGUUACAGAAGAACUAUAAAUGAAGCCUUUGAUCAAGCAAUAUCCUUCUUCAAUGCUAUUGCUCAAGAUCCAACAGCUAUUGAAAUCAGAAAUGCACUCAAGAACAUCAAACGUGAUUUAUGGUUAGAUGAAGAAGGAAAUAUGACAUUCAAACCUCAUCUAUUCAAGGAUAUUGCUGUCACUGUAAUUCCUGCUGUUUUGGAUCAAGUUAAUUCGGUACCUAUUCCUCAUAUUGAAUAUCAUGACGAUAAGAUUGAUGUGGCGGUGGAAAACUUGAUACUCUCUGGCAGCACUGUACUUCCUAAUGAGGUCGACUUUAAGAUGUAUAACCAUUUGCAAUACACACAAAAAACCAAGGCGAACAAUCAACAAACUCUUUAUAUGCACUUUUCUGGUAUUCAAAUUCAAAUGAAGGAUGUGGUUUUCUAUUACAAGAAAAUGGGUUUCCCAAGUAUCUCUGAUCGCGGUAUAGCAGACCUCAAUGUAAGUGCAUUAUAUAUAAAUGGAAAGGGUAAAUAUGAGACUGAUAUAUUCUUCAUUAUUACUCUUCUUUCCUUGAAUAGACUUAUGGUAAAGGUGUUGGUUUGA